AUGACGGCUAAGACUGGUAGCUGUGAUACCUGUUUCCCCUUUCUUAGGGAAAGGUGGGCGGAAAAAGCCAAAGCCCUUUAUCGGGGCGGGGGCGCAAAGGCGAAACGCCCCUGCGCGGCCGCCGCCAUCUUCCCCGUCGCGCGCGGCGCCGCUGCUGGCAGCGGGAGGGGGCGGUGCGGGGAGGGUUGUUUCCGCUUCCGGUGCCCUUGGAGCCGGCGGGAGGUGACGGGACCAAGAGGCGAAAUGUGGCGGAACCUGCAGGUGCGCGGGGGGCCGGGGCGCCCCGCGGCCGUGGGUCUGUCCGUGUGUGUGUGUCUGUCCGUGGGUCUGUCCGUGCGCCGCUGUGUCUGCCAGCCUCCGGCGGGGAGGGGGUGCUCACGGCCCCGGGUGCCCGCCGGGCGCUGUCGCCGCCGUUCAGCGCCUUUGGGUGCGGGCGGUGACCGGGGCGGGGGGUUAUCCCUGUGUCGAGGCUGUUGCUGUAACGCUCUUGCCCGGAUUUCCCGGAGGACCAUAAGCACUGCUUCACGCAGGCAGGUUGAAAACAGAAUUGCUGAGAAGCAGAAGUUUUUCCAGGAGGAUAAUGGCAUUCCAGUGCAUCUUAAAGGCGGGUUAAUGGAUUCUUUAUUGUAUAAAAUCACCAUGGGUAUUGCAGUUAUUGGAACAGGCUAUGUCCUUUAUGCACUGACUGUAGCUUCCAUGCCCAAGAAGCAGAAAUGAUUCCAGUUCAAGAUGCCCUGGUGACUAUCAUCUCUUCGUCCAGUUCCAUGUGAAUGUGGUCAUGGCUUAUAUGUCUUAUAAGCAGCUGACUUAAUGUUUGGAAUCACUAUUGAAUUGAAACAUGUUAACUGCAAUUAAUAAAGCAGUUUUUACAUUG